AUGAAUAUCUUCGCUUACAGAAGUCGAUCUUACAAAAGGCAGGUGUGGAAUUUUAAUAACGUCGACACUACAAAUGUGAAUGGGGAACUAUCGGAAUUAGACUGGAUCUCUUUGUGUGAAAACAUUAAGGACAUAGAUGAAAUAUAUUCAAGGUGGUAUGGCUACUUUCGUUUGAUUGUUGAGAAGUACAUUCCACUGAAAACGGUAACAAUACGUGCCAAGGGUAAACCAUGGAUGGAUAGUAAAGUGCGCCUGUCAAUUAAGAGGCGGGACCGCCUGCUCCGAUUUCACAAAAAAACGCCCAUCUCUAACAACGUGGGAACGCUAUCGGGCUCAACAUAA